UCUCAGCGUGUUGUAACAUUAGUUGGCAGGUCACUGUGAUCGCGAUAGGUGCAGAAGAAAGCUAUGGUGAAAACUAAUUUUAUUGUUAAUUUUUUUCACUAUGAAGCCAAAAAAAUUGUAUUUAGCUUGUAGCCUAACUGAAUUGAAUGGUAAAGAGAAAACUGGAUCGCUGAAAAAUAUAAAAAUUCAAAGCUUGGUGAAGUCUGCAGAGAAGCUCUUUGAUAAGGCCAAGCUCAGGGAGAAAGAGGGGGAUGAGGAGGAUGCAUACCUAUUAUACAUGCGAUACUUCACUGUUGCCCAGGAGGUGAGAGGGCGCAACGAGUACAAGGCUGACAGGAAGUUUUAUGACGGCCUUCUCAGCACCAGGGAGCUGCCACAGCUCAUGGCUAAGGCAGAGCAGCUCAGCUCCAGCCUGGAGAAGAGAUACCAGCUGCUGCAGGAGGCACGGGAGGCGGAGCACCGCAGCAUCGUGGAGGCCCCUGGACCCGAGCCAUCCCAACAGAGCAACGCUGAGCCUCCGGUGAUGACCAAUGGGUGUAGUGAGGAGGAGGACCUGGUGAGCGUGGCAGCAGUGUUCGCCCUCAGCACCCGGCGGGUGACAAGUUUCUUGCUGGUGGACGUGCGCCCACAAGACCACUACGCUGCCUCCCACACCCGCCUCCCCCAGAGCCUCAACAUCCCCCAGCACAUCCUCAACAAGGGGUUGACGGGCGUGGGCGUUGGGGAACAUCUGGACGCCGCGGCCCGCAUGCUGUGGGGGACGCGGGGACGCGUCGACAAGAUCUUCAUUAUGGACUGGAACACCGAGGCCCUCCCCUUCCCCGCCCCCAUCACCGUCCUCAUCGACGCCAUCACUGAGUGGGACCCGAGCACGCGGUACACGUGCAGGAGGCCGCUGGUGGUGCAGGGAGGCUACGAGCUCCUGGCGCUGUCCUACCCUCACAUGGUGACGGCUCCCUGCCCCUCACCUCCCUACGGCGGCACCCCCACACCUGCACCCCCGCCAACACUGAACUUCGACUAUCCUGAUCUGGACACAACAUUCCUCACGUCCCCGCCCCCCGCCGCCCUCCCUUCCCCUGAUGACGGGGGACCAGGAGGGGCGAGGUCCCCCCAGGUCACCCCCCGCUCCCUGGACGCCAUCUCGCACCCUGUGUACCCCAGCGCGGGGGCCAAGCCCCCCACCUUCAGCAGGAGCCUCAAGCCCCCCCAACACAUCCUAAAAGUGCCCAACGGUGCGGUCUACAACGGCGUGGGGCCCGUAGACCCGCCAGGACCUCCCAGCCUCCCUCCUGCAGACCCCGCCUACCCCAGCACUAGGGGCUCGCCCUCCAAGGGCGCCACUUCGCUGCUCACGUCUAUGAAUGGUCAACCCCUUACCAAGGGCUACGAUGUGGGCACUAAGAGCAAUGACAUGGGCCCUGGUAGGGGCGUCGUGCCACAGGUUCCCAGCCGGGCGCUGAAGCCCCUAGAGCUGCUGGACAGCCUGGCGGGGGACAACAUGAUCGAGGAGAAGCGCCUGCUGGAGGCGACGCUCGCCUGCGAUCAGAGGACGCUGGACAAGCUGGGGGAGCUGGAGCGUGGCGGGGCGGACGCAGCGACGACGGCCUCACUACGGCAGGAGCUGCGCGCCCUGCAGGCAGACAGGACCCACAUGGAGGCAGCGCUGGAGAGGAUCUCUCGAGAGAAUAAAGACUUGUGGGCUCGCAUCAACUCCUUCGUCAGUGACGACAACAACAACAGUAACAACAACAAUAACAGUAGCGACAACAACAGUAACAAUAACAACAAUGUCGGUAGCGGCGGGUCCAGCGCAGCAAUAAACGGCCACGUGCGCCACACACGCGGCGACGUGUCCGCUGACGUGCCACACAGCAUCGACGAGAAGGUGCUGCAAGAGGUGCUGGCAACCAAGAAGGCGACCCACGAGCAGCUGAUGGCACAGGUGCAGGAGUUGCGACGCCUACGCAAGCUAAAGGAACAACAGAUAGACAGAGCAGCUCCACAACAGGAGACUAAGCCCGGCAGUGGCAGGCUCCCCACCCACCUGGCUCCUCCCUCCCCCAGUGGGGGAGUCAUCACGUACCACUCCCCACUGCGGGACUCACCAGAUCUCGACGAACCCAGAGGGAGCAGCAACCUCAGGCGCUCCCACUCGGCGUUUGACCUCUCUCAGAUUGGGGAGUCGUUGUCCCCAGCCCCGCAGCGGAAGGCGGACGCAGUGCACCCCUUGCCCUCUGCUUCGAGUGCCCUCCACAGGGGCAUGAAGAACAUGCAAGCCCUCGUACCCUCCAUCGACCGCUCCAUCAAGCCCCUGCAGUCCUUCGCGUCCAGGACCCGCCGGGUCAACGCCGCUAGGAAGCGGGACUUCGGGCCCAUGAGUCGGACGCGCUCUCACACCGGUCUCAAGAACCUGGGCAACACCUGCUACAUGAACGCCAUCGUGCAGUGUCUGUGCAACACGCAGCCCUUCGCUGCCUACUUUGUCGAGGAAAGACACACGGACUUUGUGAACCCCAACAGCCCCCAGCGGGGGGAAGCGGCCAUCGAGUUCGGGGAGGUGGUGAAGGCCCUCAAGUCUGGCAAGUAUCAGAGCGUCGCCAUGAAGGACUUCAAGGCGAUGGUGGGGAAGUACAACCCCGAGUUCCGGGGCAACGACCAGCACGACGCCCACGAGUUCCUCAUGAACCUCGCCGACUGGCUGCAUGAUGACCUCAACCUGGUGACGGAGCGGCGACCGCCAAUGUCGGAGCAGAACCACGCUCCCAGUACUCCCGACCACGUGGCCGCGCAGGAGGUGCAGACGGAGAUCGCCAUACGCGACCAGAGCGUCAUACGCAAGCUGUUCUACGGUUUGCACCGCAACGUGAUCACGUGCCUCAAAUGCGGGGCACGAUCACUUACCUUCGAGCCUUUCUUCGUGAUUACUUUAUCUUUCCCCGCCAACGGACGGUGCUCUUUAAUGGACCUGCUGCAGCACUACUACCAGGAGUCGACCAUCGAGUACACGUGCAGCACUUGCCGCUGCCUCAGGGAGUCCGUCAGGAAGAUGGACAUCUGGGCGCUGCCACCUGUCCUCAUCAUCCACCUCAACAGGUUCGAGCAGCGCGACUUCCUUAUGACCAAGAACCCCAACUUCGUGGACUUCCCCCUACACCACCUCAGGCUCGACAAGUUCGUCGUCAACAACCCCACGGAUUCCAACCCCAACACGGACUACUCGCUGUACGCGGUAUGUAACCACUACGGCACCAUCGACGGCGGCCACUACACGGCCUUCUGCAGCUCGUGGCCGCCCGGUGACUCCUGGCACAAGUACGACGACCACGAAGUUUACGACCUGCCCUGCACCGGCGUCAAGACCUCUGCAGCUUACGUCCUCUGCUACCAGAGCUCCACCUACGUCACCCACAGCCUGUCCGUCUACUGAUGGAGGACACGCAGGGGGACUGGAGUGCCUUUGGUUGCUCCCAGUCCCUACAUUCACCACUCAUUCAUUAUUUACCCACUUUUCUCACAUUAGAAUUUUGCAUGUUCCUGGGUACAGCCUGCAGCUCUCCGACCUUAUCAGCGCCUGUACACUCCCCCUUUUCAGGUGCCGGUGCAAUAUAGAUUGUUUACGUGUCGUUACGUACGCCUUACGAAUGUUAUAGUGGUGAAAUAAUAUUAUUGUGUACAGCGAUAUAAUUUAAGGUCAUUAAUAAUUGAUUAUUAUUAUAAUUACGAGUCAUAAUAGUUCGCCAAGUAGCGUGUACAUAAUAGUUGCCUCGUAUGCAUAUAUAUAUAUCUUCUCUAUAACCCUUGCAGCGCGGCAGGUUGUACAGUGUAAGCUUCUGAGUUCUUAUUAUUCCGUGCAAUAGUUCCGAUUGCCUCAAGUUUUGAAGGAUUAGCGCUGCUUGAAGUGUUUGUAAAGGAUUUUUAUUACCCUUAGAAACUCUCUGGUUUGUGUCACUCUAAGUGCUCUUAACAUCCACGUAGAGUAUUGGUGGCGCUAUGGGGUGAGCGGUGGGUGUUUGUUGUGGAACUUUUGUAUGAUACCCCGCAACCCUAACUAAACCACCCCACUUACACAACCCUACCUUUACUACACUACAUCACGGUCACACUAGCUACAUCACCUCCACACUACAUCGCGGCCUCCACACAUCUACUAGCACACUACACCACAUCCACCGCCACCUCCUUCACGAAGCCCUACUUUCGGAGCCCCAUCGUCGCCUCUGUCACAAGGAAUCCUCCUUUUCUUAGCCGUUGCUAAUUGUCACAAACUAUAUCAUCAGCUGCGUAGAGUCUCGUAGUUUUGCCCAAUAUUGUUGUGUUAAUGUCUAUUAUCACUCCGUUAUUAUUUGCCACGUGCUGCUGUUAUCAUGAUAGCGUAAUUGUGUUGCACCAGCGUCCUGUUACCUGUAGAGCAAACCUUCCUUAUUUCGCCUUGACUUUAUUUUUGCGUAUAUAUAACCCCGCUCCUGAUGAGGUUGACGUGAUGACGUCACGCCAUCAGCUGUUACGAAAUUGUCGCCAGUUUAGACUUUUGUUAGACGGCGUUACGCCUUCACGCGUCGCUCGUGUCAUGUUAAUUAAUUUAGUAACAUGUCACAUCCGGUGGGCAGCUACCACCCCUCCUCAGUCUCCUCUUGAUUUCGUCGUAUCGCUUGCGUUUGUGCAUAACUUUAUUUUUGUAUGAGAGUUUAACGGGCGGCGCUGUGGCUCUUUCUUGCCUGGAUUAAACUUGCUGCAUCUGUCCCUUGUUUGCCUGGCUCCUCAGCGACGUCAAGUGAAGGUGAGCCUGCAACCAAAAAACUCCAAACAAAUGCUCCUAAACGCCUCUGACCACUGAAGAGAUGGAGUUUUAUUUUGACACGACUGAAGAUCUAACCGUUGGUGCAGUCAUGUUUUUAAAGUGCUUGAGAAAGUUCUACUUACCUCUGGCUUAAGUCCAAACGUCGUAACAGUAAGCCCGUCGUCAACAAUAUAUCGACGUCUGACAACUGGUUAGAUUUGUACCCAUGUGAUGUUACUCUUACCUGAUCAUAACCUUCGAAAACGCUCAUAAAAUAAAAGUAAAAGGCUUGCCCAUUUUUUACGUG